AUGAAGGAAACAAUGUGGUUGGAGAAUCAGACAUUGGGGACUGAUUUCAUUCUAUUGGGCCUUUUUAACCAAAGCAAACACCCUACUCUUCUCUGUUCAGUGAUAUUUCUUGUUUACAUAGUAGCUUUGACUGGGAAUGCCACCUUGAUACUUCUGAUCUAUCGUGACCUCCACCUCCACACUCCCAUGUACUUCUUCAUUAGUCAGCUAUCCCUCAUGGACAUGAUGUAUAUCUCUGUCACUGUGCCCAAGAUGCUGUUUGAUCAGGUGACUGGGAUUCAUGCCAUCUCAUUCCCAAGCUGUGGGAUCCAGAUGUUUCUCUAUGUGCUGCUUGGUGGAGCAGAGUUCUUCCUUUUGGCAGCCAUGUCCUAUGACAGGUAUGUGGCCAUCUGUCACCCCCUCCAGUACCCCAUCCUCAUGAACCACCAGGUUUGCAUGCUCCUUGCAACUGUCUGUUGGCUCUUGGGCUCCAUUGAUAGUUUCAUGCUUACCUUUAUCACUAUGACCUUCCCAUUUUGUAAAUCCCGAGAAAUCCAGCACUUUUUCUGUGAGGUCCCUGCAUUGAUGAAACUCUCCUGCUCAGAUACCUCACUCUAUAAGACUGUCAUGUACCUAUGCUGUGUCUUUAUGAUCCUCAUCCCUGUAACAGUUAUUUCAAGCUCCUACUCUCUCAUCUUCAUCACUGUCUAUAGGAUGACUUCAGCCACUGGACGCAAGAAGGCAUUUGCCACAUGUUCUUCCCAUAUGACUGUGGUGAUCUUCUAUGGGGCUGCUAUCUACACUUAUAUGCUCCCCACUUCAUACCAUACUGUUGAUAAGGAUAUGAUGGUAUCUGUCUUCUAUACCAUCCUCACACCUGUCCUGAAUCCUCUCAUCUACAGCCUCAGAAACAAGGAUGUCACAGCAGCUUUGAAAAAAGUUCUAGCGAUAGUAACACUAGUUAAUAUUGGGAAGUAG